UAUUAUUUUUAUGUUGUGCGACUUGGGGAGGUUGCAACAUGCAGUGACUCCCUGUUAUCACGGGGACUUGGAAUGAUUAAAUUUAGAUUUAUUUACCGCACUAUUUUUAAUUAUAAUUAAGUUGCAUUAAACCGACAUGAUCGGCUUACGGCAGUGUAUACAGAAAGUCACUUGUGGGCAAACUCUAAGACUCCUCGAAGGUCCUUGUGCUUUAAAUCUAACUCACAUACGUACUACAAAGCACUGGCAUCCCAAAUUCAAGAAACUAAGAGCUCAGAAGUUUCUGAAAGUUAAACUCAUCGAUUUUCAAAAGCUUCAAAAACCCAUCGAAGAACUGUCUAGAGAAGAGAUCAGAAGUAAAUUGAAAGAAAGAGGUGUUUUGCCGGAUAGACCUUGGCAAGAACGUCCCAUUUACAUCAGUUCGACAGGAACAAUUUUUGAACCGUAUGUUCCACCAGAAGGCGAUGGAAAGAUCUCACCUAUUACAACACAGGGUGCCAAACAAAAAAUUGAGUACUUGGAGAAAAAGAGUAAAUCUAUGAUGGCGCUGAGGAAGCUGAGAAAAUUUGAUGAUGAUUUUGAAAUAGAUUUUUUUCUCAAUGAAGCUCAAAUUAUUUAUGUCAAAUCCCAUCAGGCAAUGUGCAAUAAAGAUCCUGAUGAAUUAAGACUGUAUGUUACUGAACGAGCGUACCCAGAAGUGGUAUCAAAUAUAGGAGACAAAACUUUACAUUGGAAAUUUGUGGAGUCUAUAGAACCAGCCAAGUUAGUGCACAUACGUUGCACAGAUGUCAUUGAGAAAGAAAACAUGUUCUGCCAAAUUACUGUCAGAUUCCACACUCGACAGAUUCUAGCGAUAUAUGAUAGAUUUGGACGGCUGAUGCAUGGACAUGAAGAACUGCCCAAGGAUGUACUAGAGUAUAUCGUUUUUGAGAAGCAUAUCUCUAAUAAGUAUGGCAGAUGGAGGGUACACGACAAGAUCAUACCAAACUGGAUGCCAUUAAAAGAGCCAGUGAAGAAAACAAUCAUGGUUCAGCAAGAUAAAGAAGAAAGUGUUCAACCAGACAAUCAACUCGUUACCACAGCUUAACAGAUUCUGCUGAACCUUCGAUCUUAGAAAAUGUGUAUAUGUUGUUUUAAUAAAAGGGAAUUUGAUUUUA